UUGCUGAUGAAGCCUGUUGUGUUUUUCCAGUUGAUAUUUGUGUUGGUGGACGUGGAGACAUCCUCAUCCUGUUGACGUGGAGACGUAGUCGUUUUGGAUUGUUAUGGACACUUAGAGUUUUCAGGAAGGCUGAAAGAAGAGUAAAGCAGUGAAAAUCAGCGUGAUUGGCACAGCAUUGCUACUACGGCUUGGGACUUCUGUGACUCCACCAAUUCCAACAAUACUUGUAGAUGGUCCUUCUGAAUUUAUCAACUCAGACAACCCAAGAGUUAUAUUCCAUAGCUUUUAAAAGGAAGAGGUUCAACCACUAGAAGAGAUUUAAACCAAAUUAAAGCCUCAAUAUCUACAACUAUUUAAGCAACUAGAGGUCACCAACACCCAGGCAUGGAAUCAAGAAGGGAUCUGAUAGUCAGCAGAAAGCGUAAAUAUUCUCCAUCGGUUGAACCUGAGACUACCACCCAAACACGUCAACCUUCUGUUUCUUCUGUAUUGGAGAAUACCCCUGACAUGUCUGCUUCUUUUAGUGGUGCUUCUGUAGUGGAGAAUCCUGCUGUAAUGUCUGCUCCUCCUCUUCUCCCUUCUAUACUGGAGAAUACCCCAGAAAUGACUUCUACUCUUCUUGGACCUUCUGAAUUGGACACUCCUAUUGAAAUUACUACCCCUGAAAUGUCUGCUUCUUUUAUUGGACCUUCUGUAGUGGAACAUACUGUUGGAAUGUCUGCUCCUCCUCUCCCUUUUAUACUGAAGAGUACCCCAGAAAUUACUUCUACUCUUCUUGAACCUUCUGUAUUGGACACUCCUACUGGAAUUGCUACCUCUGAAAUGUCUGCUUCUUUUAUUGAACCUUCUGUAGUGGAACAUCCCACUGGAAUGUCUGCUCCUCCUCUCCCUUCUAUACUGAAGAAUACCCCAGCAAUGACUUCUACUCUUCUUGGACAUUCUGAAUUGGACACUCCUACUGAAAUUAUUAUUCAUCCUCCUAUAUUGGAGAUUCCUCGUGAAACAUCUGAUUUUCCUCAUGUACCUUCUGUGUUGGAGAAUCCUGAUCACAGUGCUCCACCUCAUGCACCUUCUUCACUUGAGGAUCCUAUGGAAAUAUGUGCUCUUUCUCCUCAUGGAUUUUCUGUCUUGGAAAAUCUUGAUCACAGUGCUUCUUCCAUUGAAUCUUCUCAGCUGAAGACCAUUCAAAAAAUGGCUACUAGUCCUACUGUUCCAUCUACAUCAGAGAAUAUUCAGCCACUUUCGGUUUUGGAGAAGAAUACACCUCAAAUGUCUACAGAUACUGUGCCAGAGAACCCACCUGAAAUGGAAGUACUUAGUGUGCCUUCUGUACUGGAUAACCCCUCAAAAAUAUCUCAGCCUCCUCCUCCUGUAUCUACUGAAAUGUCUUCUUCUCAUACCAUGCCUCUUGUUUUGGAACACAGCAGUGAAAUGCCCACAGAUCCACCAGAACCAACUAUACAAGAGAGAAAUGCUGAAUUAUCAGUGGAACCUCUAGCAACACAUUCACAGUAUGAGGAUGGCAAUGCCUCAACAUCUUCUGUAGAUCACCCACCAAGUACUGGGCCAGAAAACACCGAAAUUCCCACACAGUCAGUAGAAAACAAUGGCAAUAUUGAUGCUCUGGUGCAUUUAGAAAUAAUUCACCAACAUGAACGAAAACGCCCUUAUUUUAAUGCGGUAGAAAUCACCAAGCAUUUCCGCUUUGCAAACUUGGAAAGAAUCGAGUCUUUCGAUGCAGCAAUACAGGCCGUGCACACGGCUGUCCAGGAGUUACUGAACAGUAUAUUGCAGAGGAUUGGACCCAAUGAUCGUAUACAGCUACGACUCAGCGGCCAAGGACUCGACAAACCGCUAUAUUCUUUUAGAAGUUCUAAUACGACGUUCGACGCUGGAUCAUUUCUGAGCAAUGUGGCAAACAUGCUGCAAAGUAACAAAGACCUCCUUUCUAAUGAUGUUUUAAAACUUCUCGUCAUCGUCGUCAAGAACCAAGAAGGUGGAGUGAAAGAACGAAGAUCUCUCGGUUCAAUACCCGCCAGUGACUUGAUUAAAGAAAAAAGACGUUGGAUCUUCGACUUUAACUACCACGAAGGAAACCUGUGUCUGGCCGCAAGCGUCUGUGCGCUGAUGAGUAAGGACCACCCUCCAGAGGCCACGUUGCUGCAGAAAGCCAAAGAGAUUCAUGACGCUCUGGAGAUCCCGGCCAAUCGCUUAGUCAGUUUUAGUGACAUUCCUGCUUUCGAGAAACAUCUGCAGGUGACCAUUAAAGUGCUCUACUACAAACACGGUAAAUGGACUUUUUUCUACACCAACAACCCCUGCAAAGAGCCAAUUAUCUUCCUAUUGCUGCACAAGGGACAUUACUACGGCAUUAAAAAUGCAAAAGGAUUUUGUGGAUACAGUUACUUCUGCGAAUAUUGUAACACGCAGUUCCACGGCAAAGGACGCCAUUCGUGCAAGUAUUUUUGUAAGGCGUGCCACCGACGGGACUGCCCCGAGGUGCCAACUAUGAAGCCAAGGUGCAGUAACUGCCGCACGUUUUGCCGCUCACACGAAUGCCUUGAACUGCACAAAUCCCUCGCCCUCUCGGAACAGGUCCCGUGUAAGAAGCAACGGUAUUGCGACAAAUGCUGCCGUUACACCGAUUAUAACCACGAUGUAAUGAAAUGCAACGGGUUGCAGUGCCGAACUUGCUUCCAAUUUGUUGAAAACUUUAUUGACCACCAGUGCUUCAUGAGAAAGCGUCAACCCGAAACUUCAAAUAAAUACAUUGUUUACGACUGUGAGUGUAGCCAAGAAAAUAACACCCAUGUUCCAAAUUAUAUAUACGCUUUAAAAUUGGAUUCCGAGCAGUCCUGGGAGUUCCAAGGUCCCGACUGCCUGAAGGAUUUUAGAAAAACGUUUAUACAGAGGAAGUUUGCCGGGUUUUCCUUCAUCGCGCACAACGCCGGCAGGUACGACGCCUACUUUGUGGUGCAGGAGCUGCUCAAGGAGAACAUCAAGCUAAACUUUCUCGCAAAAGGUGGUCAACUAUUGUCCGUCACCGUGGCUGAUUUCAAAAUUCGAUUCAUUGACUCUUUGAAUUUCCUCCCCAUGAAGCUUAGCAAGCUGCCAAAGGCCAUGGGAUUUGACGAUACCAAGGGAUAUUUCCCCCAUUUCUUCAAUACAACGGCCAACCAAGCCUACGUCGGUCCAACGCCUUCUCAGGAGUAUUUUGGGCAGGAGAAUAUGAUGCCAGAUGAAAGAGACGAAUUCAUGGCUUGGUACGAGGAGAACAAAAACGGCGAAUUUAAUUUUCAGGCUGAGCUUAAGAAAUAUUGCCAGCGGGAUGUCCGUAUCUUGAAGCAAGCGUGCAUCUGUUUCAGGGACAGGGUGAUGGAAAUGACAAUGGAGAAGGACCCAAAGAAUCCCCAAAAGACAAUCCAAGUAGACCCCUUUCAACUCACCACAUUGGCCUCGGUGUGCAUGGCCAUGUUCAAGUUCAAAUUUCUCCCUGAAAAUACAAUCGCUAUUCUACCCUCGGACAAUUACCAUAAAAAGCAGAAGCGCUUCUCCACGCCGUCCAUCCAGUGGUUAAUGUACAUCGCAUGGAAGGAGAACAUCGCAAUAAAACACGCUCUGCAGGGUGGAGAGGAACAAGUUGGUAACUAUUCCUUGGACGGCUUUGCUCUAACCGAUGGAACGCCAACUGCUUUCGAAUUCCACGGCUGUUUCUACCACGGCUGCCCCCAGUGCUACAAUGCAGACGAGCGGAACCCUGUUACAAAAACCACGUACGGCCAACUGCACCACAAAACGGAGGUUAGAAAGGAUAUUCUAAAAUCCGAAGGGUACAAAGUCCGAGAGAUCUGGGAACACGAGUGGAAACAGUUACUGGAAAAAGACAACGGUUUGCGGAAUUUCCUUCUGGAAAUGAACUUUCCUGAACCCCUCGAGCCCCGUGACGCGCUUUAUGGGGGUCGGACAAAUGCCGUGAAACUAUACCACAAAGCAGCCCCAGGGGAGAAGAUAUUUUACUAUGAUUUUACCAGUCUCUACCCCUACGUCAAUAAGACAAAGGCCUACCCCGUGGGCCACCCAGUCAUUCACCAAGAUAAGUUUAAAGAUUUUGACACGUAUUUUGGCAUCGCUAAAGUUAAAGUGUACCCCCCGAAACAUCUGUUUUUUCCGGUCCUUCCAGUAAAGAUGAAGGAAAAGCUUGUGUUUCCGUUGUGCUACACGUGCGCAUCCAACGGUCAGGCCACAGAGUGUCAGCACUGCGACGAGGAACGAGCACUGACGGGAACCUGGUGCACAAUGGAAAUCCAGUUGGCUCUAGAGAAGGGCUACACAUUAGCCAAAAUCUAUGAAGUUUGGCAUUUCGAACAACAAACAACGAAGCUGUUUGAGGGGUACAUUAACCUACAUCUCCGGGACAAACAGGAGGCGUCGGGAUAUCCAAGUUGGUGCAAAGACGAGGAACAAAGGAAGAAAUAUAUAAGCGAUUAUCGCGACAAAGAAGGCGUAGAGUUACGCGAGGAACAUAUCGCCGUUAACCCGGCAAGAAGGCAAAUCGCUAAAUUGUUUCUGAAUUCCCUGUGGGGCAAAUUUGGGCAGAAAACGAACUUACCUAAUACAACAGUCGUUAGCGACCCAGGAGAGUUUCAUCGUUACAUGUUUUUACCGGAGUACGACGUCGCCUCUUUAGAUUUCAUGGGGGAAGAAACGGCCAUUGUCCACUGGAAGUAUAUCGGCAGCCUUCCCUCCAUCGCACGCAACUCCAAUAUCUUCCUCGCUUGCUUUACCACGGCCUACGCCCGGCUACAACUAUACAAUGUCCUGGACCGGCUCCAGGAGCGGUGUCUGUACCACGACACGGACUCGGUGAUUUUUAUCAGCAAGGGCGAUGAGUGGGAUCCACCAUUGGGCGAUUAUCUAGGAGAACUUACCAGCGAACUUCCCGACGACACCCACAUCACCGAGUUUGUCUCUGCCGGACCCAAAACCUACGGAUACAAGUUGUCGACUGGUAAAACCUGCCUGAAGGUCAAGGGCAUCACCCUAAAUGCCUCAACCGUUCAACACCUUCAUUUUGAUUCUCUAAAGGAUCUGGUGUUGGAUUUCCCCGAACACUCCAACCCUGAACAACAGAAAAAAAUCACUUUACAACAGCCGGUCAUUACCAGAGAUAGAUACUGGCAAAUAGAGACCCGCCCCCUGCGCAAAACAUUAAAGUGCGUUUACACCAAACGCCAACUAACCGACGACUUUACUACUUUGCCUUUUGGGUACCGACCUCAAACAGAGGCACAGACACAACCUGGUCUCUAAAUAAUUGGUACCGGUAAUCCAAAGUAUGUAUUAUUAGGGCAAAGUCACAUGUUUUUAAAGGAUAAGUAAACCUUUAAAAUAAGUGAAUGUAAAAUUGAUG